CUCCUCUCUUGAGAAGGCAAACAUACAAUAACUGCCCAAUCCACAGAAUUCACAACCAUGCCAUCCGAGCGUCUCCCCCUGUACCUCUUCGUCGGCUUCGGCCUCUUCUCCCUCUUCUACCAAACCAUCGGCCGCAACCUCUGGGUGCAAGUAGGGUACGGCUACACGCUGCAACCCCUCAGCGACUUCCCCUACACUUGUCGUCGUCUCAAUGAUCCCAGCUUCGAAGCGUGCGAGGACAUGUGGUUGUCCGAGGGGACGAGACAGCUCUUCCUCUCGUGUUCUGAUUCCGUGGCGAGGAAGGAGUGGUUGCCCAAUCUCGGCCGUCUCAACGCCACAGGCCGCAGUCGCAAAGACAAACUCGUCGUGCUAGACAUCGACAAACCCGCAGGGAACUCCUUUGCGCACCGCACGCUCGCAACGCCCAACUACCCAGGCCUAAACGGCGACGGUCUCCUCUCUCUCAUAGCCAUCACAGGCCUCGAAAACAACGCCGUCCCAGGCGGAGCCAUAGACCUGUACCUCAAUAACCAGCUCCCGACCGUAGACCCCAGCACCGGGCACCCCGUCGACAACACGCAAACAGGCGCCAACGCGACCAUCGAAGUCUUCCGCAUCACGAACCCGCAAACCGCCACCGCCGCAACGCACAUAACAACCUACCACGACCCGCACAUCGCCACGCCCAACCGCGUCGCGCCCAUGGCCAACGGCGCUUUCUACUUGACCAACGACCACGGCACGAACCGCGUAGGCCUCUGGCACACGCUCAGCCCGAUUAUAAAAACAGGCGACGUCUCCUACUGCCCCGCCCCCUCCGCCGCAGGCGUCAGCAACGGCGCCUGCAAACGCGUAGAAAAAGGACUAGCAAUGCCCAACGGCUUGUGGAUGGGCCGGCAGGACGGCCUGCUCUACGUCCCCAGCACAGCCUCGGGCCGCAUCAACGUGUACCGCCCGUCCGCCUCCGGCGAUGGGGAAGUCAACCUCAUCGAAGAAAUCCGCGUCGGCGUGCCGCUCGACAACAUCUCCGAGGAUGCGGAGGGCGUGUUUUGGGUGGCGGGGAUUCCGAAGUUGUUGGAUGCGAUGCCUGUGUUUGAUGAUCCCUUGAGGACGGAGGGGGUGCCUACUUCGAUUUUUAGGAUUUCGAAGAGAAACGAGAAGGGGCGGACGGGGUAUGUGAUUCUGAAGGCGCUGGAGGAUGGGAAGGGGGAGGUACUGCCGUUGGUCACGACGGUGGUGCAUGAUGUUAAGACGGGGAGGUUGUUUGUGGGGAGUGUGGUGAAGGAUUUCAUUGCGGUUUGUGAGAGGAAGUGAUCAAGACAAGAUCAUGAACAAUACCAACCCCCAAAAGAUACGCUAGCUAUGAUCAUUCUAUGGUUGGAAAUACUAUCUGACAA